AUGGAGCUGCUUUUCUCUCCGCUCACACUUUACUUUCUCACUUUAACUUUGCGACUUUGUUCGGCGGAAACGUACGUCCUGGAUGAUAAAAAUGGACUGGGUCGAGUAUUUGACGGCAUCGGAGGCUUAAGUGGUGGAGGGGCAACCUCACGUUUACUGGUGAACUAUGACGAGCCAUAUCGCAGCCAGAUUCUGGAUUACUUGUUCAAGCCCAACUUUGGCGCAUCUUUGCACAUACUAAAGGUUGAGAUUGGAGGAGAUGCACAAACCACAGAUGGAACAGAGCCUUCACACAUGCACUAUGAAGACGAUGAAAACUACUUCAGAGGAUACGAAUGGUGGCUCAUGAAAGAAGCAAAGAAGAGAAACCCCAAUAUCACACUUAUUGGUCUGCCGUGGGCUUUCCCCGGAUGGGUCGGUCGAGGUAAAAACUGGCCGUUUGAUUUCCCCGACAUCACAGCUGCAUAUGUGGUGAACUGGAUCCUCGGAGCCAAGCAGCACCACGACCUGGACAUCCAGUAUGUGGGGAUUUGGAAUGAACGGAACUUUGACAGCAAAUACGUGAAGCUGCUGCGGUACACGCUGGAUAAACAGGGCUUGGAGAAUGUGCGGAUCAUUGCGAGUGACAACCAGUGGGAGCCCAUAUCUCUGUACGUGCUGCAGGACCCCGAGCUGAGCGCCGCGGUCGACGUUCUGGGGGCACACUACCCAGGUACAAACACGGUGCUGGACGCUCUGAAGACCCAGAAGGCUUUGUGGUCUUCAGAAGACUACAGCACUGUUAAUGACAAGGUGGGAGGAGGCUGCUGGGCGCGAAUCCUCAACCAGAACUACGUCAAUGGACUCAUGACGGCUACCAUUUCGUGGAAUCUGAUUGCCAGUUACUAUGACGACCUGCCAUUUGGUCGAGAUGGACUGAUGACCGCUGAGGAGCCCUGGAGCAAUAACUAUGUGGUGGAGUCUCCAAUCUGGAUCACAGCUCACACCACACAGUUCACUCAGCCGGGAUGGACGUACUUACAGACCGUGGGCCAUCUAGUGCAAGGGGGAAGUUAUGUCGCCCUCACUGAUGGAAAAGGAAAUCUCACAGUAGUUAUUGAGACAAUGACGCAUGAUCACUCGGUCUGUAUCAGACCUCCGCUUCUUCCUUUUAACGUCACAGCCCAGAACGCAACCUUUCAUCUCAAAGGGUCAUUUGCAUCUAUUAAGGAGCUGCAGAUUUGGCGAUCCCAGUUCAACUUCCAAUCCAAGAAGCCUGUCUUUUUUGAGAAGCUCAGCCCCCUUACGCUUUUAGAUGGAAGUUUUUCCCUAGAAUUGCAUGAAGAUGAAGUUUACACCAUGACGACAAUGAAAACCGGCCUGAAAGGAAGCUUCCCCGAUCCACCUCCAUCUUCACGUUUUCCUAAAGUUUAUAAAGACGAUUUUAACAACAAAAAUCCUCCUUUCUCUGAGGCCCCAAACUUUGCUGACCAGACUGGAGUUUUUGAAUACUAUCAAAAUGUGUCCGAUCCUGGACCACAUGUUUUUACUUUAAGGCAAAUUCUCACUCAAAUACCUAUUACAUGGGCUGCGGAUGCGGAUCAAGCCAUUAGUGUCGUAGGGGAUUAUGAGUGGCAGAAUCUAACAGUUUCCUGUGAUGUCUUUAUGGAGAAAGUGAAGACUGGGGGUGUCUUUAUUGCUGCAAGGGUGGACAAAGGUGGCCAGUCCAUCCGCAGUGCCAGAGGGGUCUUCUACUGGGUCUUUGCAGAUGGAACAUACAAAGUUACCAAUGACCUUGCCGGUCGGACUGUGCUGGCUGAGGGGCAGUCUGGAACACAUGCGUAUCGUUGGCACACAUUGACACUGACAGUCCAAGGGCAGUAUGCAUCUGGGUUUUUGAAUGGAUAUCCACUGUGGAAGAAUGCUGUGGUCCUCGCUCCCAAACACGGAUGGGCGGCCAUCGGGACGAACUCCUAUGAACUAGCUCAGUUUGAUAACUUUGCUGUGGAAGCAGAGUGA